UCUCCUGGUCGUCAGCUGUCUGGUCCUGUCUGUGUUUCAACCAUCCCAGAGCAUCACAAAUUCGCCAACCAGUGUCUCUUCAUUCUGGAAUUUGUCAUGAUUGUGGUUUUCGGCAUGGAAUACAUCAUCAGGGUCUGGUCAGCUGGCUGCUGCUGCCGCUACAGAGGCUGGCAGGGACGCUUUCGAUUUGCCCGGAAACCUUUCUGUGUCAUAGAUUUCAUCGUCUGCAUUGCUUCUCUGGCCGUCAUCGCUGCUGGCACCCAGGGGAACAUCUUUGCUACCUCGGCACUGCGCAGCAUGCGCUUCCUACAGAUCUUGCGCAUGGUGCGCAUGGACCGCCGCGGCGGCACCUGGAAGCUCCUGGGCUCGGUGGUUUAUGCGCACAGCAAGGAGCUGAUCACAGCUUGGUACAUCGGUUUCCUGGUCCUCAUCUUCGCCUCCUUCCUCGUCUACCUGGCAGAGAAAGAUACCAACAAAGAUUUUCUCACCUAUGCAGACUCACUCUGGUGGGGUACGAUCACACUCACCACCAUUGGCUACGGGGACAAGACCCCACAGACGUGGCUGGGCCGGGUGUUGGCAGCCUGCUUUGCCCUCCUGGGCAUUUCCUUCUUUGCUCUACCUGCUGGGAUCCUGGGCUCAGGGUUUGCUCUCAAAGUCCAAGAGCAACAUCGGCAGAAGCAUUUUGAGAAGAGAAGGACACCGGCGGCCAACUUGAUCCAGGCUGCGUGGCGCCUCUACUCAACGGAUGUCAGCCGGGCCUACCUGACAGCCACCUGGUGCUAUUACGACAGCAUCCUUCCAUCAUUUAGAGAACUGGUCCUUAUGUUUGACCACUUGCACCGAGCUCGCAACGGGGGGCUCAGGAACUCUGAGGUGAGAAAAUUCCCCGAUGGAGCUCCACCACCGUAUCACUCCUUCACCUCUGGCCUGAAAACCAUCCAUCCUCCAUUUUGCUCGGGGGAAAGCAAUAAAAUGGGCAUCAAGGACCGCAUCCGCCUGAACAAUUCCCAAAGGCAGGGCAGCCGGGGGAAGCAGCAUCUGGUCCCACCCCUCCGCCGCUCUCCCAGCACUGAGAAUGUCAACGAGGCCAUCAGCCCCACCAAGGUGCAGAAGAGCUGGAGCUUCAAUGACAGGACAAGAUUCCGGGCCUCAUUGAGGCUGAAGCCCCGGGCACCUGUGGAAGUUGAUGGACCUGCAGAGGAAAGCAGUGAGGAGAAGGCCUACCAGUGUGACUUGACUUUUGAGGACAUCAUGCCUGCUGUGAAGAUGCUCAUCAGGGCAGUGAGAAUCCUCAAGUUCCUGGUGGCCAAGAGGAAGUUCAAGGAGACGUUGCGUCCGUAUGACGUCAAGGAUGUUAUUGAGCAGUACUCAGCUGGCCACCUGGACAUGCUUGGCAGGAUCAAAAGUCUCCAGACGCGUGUGGAUCAGAUCAUGGGCCGGGGAGCUAUCACUAUCGAUAAGAAAAAAGGGGAGAAGACACCACUGGAGGUGGAGCUGGCCGACGACUUCAGUAUGAUGGGCCGAGUAGUCAAGGUGGAGAAGCAGGUGCAGUCCAUUGAGCACAAGUUGGAUUUGCUCUUGGGUGUCUAUUCUCAGUGCUUGCGGAAAGGGUCCGUGAACUCCAUCAGCCUGACGGCAAUGCCAAUCCCCACCGGGGAGCCUGACAUCACCUCCGACUACCACAGCCCCGUGGACCACGAGGACAUCUCUGUCUCCGCUCAGACCCUGAACAUCUCCCGGUCGGCUAGCACCAACAUGGACUAAGAUGGCUUCCAGCCUAGCCAUGUGGUCGUUACAUACCAGCCAUAUUAGGGAGGGUGGCAUCUCUCCGCUUCCAGGGCAGAAGGAGGGAUAGACAAACAUUGCCGGCUGCUCUGACAGACAGUGCUCCGAGAGCAAGAGCCCUUCGUCACCCUCGCCAUCCUGGUGGGGCGCCAACUGACUCCUCUCUCUCAGUGCACCUCAACUUUACUUGAAGUCUUCCAGCUGCCAGAACAAAGCCACUAUUACUGGGUGUUCCAAGAAGGAUGCAGUUUUAAUGCCCUCCAUAGAGCCAUUGUGGCACUUCUGUGGCUUUUUAAACAAAAAGUGCUAAAUAGCAGCGCCUGGCAGUCUGAACUGCAUGGGGCAGGUGGUCUUUUCCAUGGAGAGAAAGCCAUGCUAGCCUGAGAAAAUGAUGCAGAGGGCUCCAUCCUUUGCCCUUCAGCCUUUGAUGAGCAUCUUUUAAGGUUCUCUGCUAUCAAAAGCAUCUCCAGGUGCAUCCAACUUCACAGGGGCUGGACCCUCCUUUGUCACAGAGGUACCAGGGCUGAAGAGCCACCAACAGCCCCCUCCCCCAGCCCAGCAAAUAACACCAGUGGUUCCAGACACUUUACUUUAUCGGCUUGUAUCUGACCGCCUCUGGCUCCGGACUUCUACCAGGUCGGAGAUGCUUACUAACAGCUAUGCAAAUGCUAGGUAACCCUUUCUUCCCCAGUCAAAAGCAAGGGGCAUUGCGACUCAAGUGAAUGUGGUCUCUUACUUUUGCAUCUAGAAGAGGAUAAUAACUGGCAAUGUCUAUUCCUGCUCUUGGCAGCGUUUAAGCACCUUGGCUCUUCCCCCACUCACCCCCACCAGGUAGUGGACAUUGCUCUGUGGCCCCGAUAUCACAAGCACAGCGGGACCUUCCUCACAGGGGAAGUGCUUCCCAGGUGCAGAGCAAACAUGAUAUGCAACAAUCUUAAAUAUGCAACCUGAAAUCAAAUCUUAACAGUCAGUCAGUGGACUUUGAGCCUCCCCUGAGUAGGACACAGAGGCAAUCCUGAUGCCUUUAUGUGCUCAGCUAAGAAGGCCAAAUCCAGCUGGCCAGCAGCAGAGAGGUUCCUGGUGACCUGCAGGGUGUGUUGCAUCCUGCCUUUACGGCAACAGCCAGUCUGUCCCAAGGCAUUGUGCCUCCUUUGCAUCCAAUAGCAUUAGGCUUUCAUGAUUAGAGGCUCUGGUUUUGUGGUGGUUAACUUGACGGAGGGCACUCUGGCAUAGCUUUAGAUGCUCCCUCCCCUCAGACCACCUAACGAAUCCAGCCCCUUUGCUAGCGGAUAGGUCCUGGUUGACCCCCCAAUUUCCACCCCUCAGUCUCCUGCAGGCAGCCCACUAAACUGCCUUCCUAUGAUCCUCACCAAAAGCUUGUUUCCAACACCAUUUCAGGCCCCAACUUCUGCAUCUUUGGGAGCUGUUCCCAUUACGAGGCUGUGCCUCCAGAUAUGAUACAGUAUUUUUAUUUAUUGUUUAUGUUAUUACUAUAUUUCUAUCCCACUUUCUCCUCCAAGAAGCUCAAGGGUG